GCGCACGCGAACACGUUAGAUUCGUUUAAUACACACUAUAAAUUAUUUAUAUUUUUAAACAAUUCGCUGCCGUUACGUCAUUAUUUCGUUUCAAUUUUCAGUCAAAAAUCCAGCUAAUUAAAAACCAAAAAAAAAAACUGUUAAUUUAACGCUGAUUGUAGUUCGCUACCUACACACCUACCUGCGUACCUAGCUAGCUAAGCUAUAUUAGCAUUUUUUAGCACGGUGCUAGCGGUGAGGCGGUUAGCAACAGCAGCUAGCACUCGCUAGCUAAGCCGAAACGUUCAUGUUUUGGUUGUAAACGUAAGAAAUAACGCAUCGGUGACAUUUCCACAUCAGAGACGAAGAGGUUUUCAUUGAACAAGGAGCUUCGAUAAGCUCUGGAUGCGUGGAUGAUCAUGCGAGUGCUUCAUCCCCAUCCUCGUGUCCAUCCCCGUGCUUGCUGACCCCUCACUUUUCGACCCUUUGAGUGGGCUCUGCGAUGCAGCCAUGAGCUCGGUGCUGUGGAGUCAGGAGAAAGGGGCGGGCAGCCCGCGAGAUGACUGGCGCUUCUUCAUGCUGCUGAAGGAAUGUGUGGUGGAGAAGGCCGGGCAGAAGGUGGUGCGUGUGCCGCGUGGGAGUCUAGGUCAAGUCUGUCCCGAGCGCACCACCCUGGGCCGCCCGCUGCCCCCCGCCAAGGGCAAGCGCAGCCUACGAAUUCUGGAUCAGAGCAACGUGGUGGCCAGCGUAGAUGAGCGCGACGCACUGGAGCUGGACGAGGCUCUGGCCGAGCUGCUCUUCCCCAUCACCAACUGUGAGGAGCGCUACGGGCUGCUGCGCGACACGGCGCGGCUCCAGCGCGCUCGCUCCAUACGCUGCGGCUCCAGGGUGCGAGUCCAGCUACGAUCCGGUGACCUGCCGCUACCUGGAGUCGUCAGAUUUAGAGGAGCUCUGCUGCCUGACCGAGCCCUGUCGGGGAUCUGGUUCGGCGUUGAGCUGCUGGAGGAGGGUCGUGGUCAGGGUUUUACAGAGGGCUCGUAUCAGGGUCAGCAGCUGUUCCGCUGUGAAGACGAGUGCGGCGUGUUUGUUGCUCUAGAUAAACUGGAGCUCUGGGAGGAUGAGGAGCUGGAGGUGGAUCACCUGAGCCUGGUGGACAACGAGCCGGACGUGGAAGGAGAUCUCCCGCCUCUGGAGCUCAACUCUCGCGUCCUGGUUCAAAUACACGAGGGCCCUGAACGUGGCACUGUCAUCUUCUGCGACCUUUUACCCGGCAACGAGACCCUCGGCUAUUACGUCGGAGUCGAUAUGGACAAUCCCAUCGGAGACUGGGACGGCGUGAUCGACGGGAAACUGCUGUGUAAUUUCGCCAGCCUCGAGCACACCCGUCUCGUGCCCAUCUGUGAUGUCAUUCCAGAGUACUCCAUGCAGGACCCGAGGCUGUCCAAAGCCAGCUUUACUCCCAGAGGGAGCAGUGAGAAGUCUGGCUGUCAGAGCAAACCAAAGAGCAAAGGGUUAGGUCUGCAGGCUGCCAGCAGAAGCAAGUCUGAGUUUUAUUAUACGUUAAACGGCAGCUCUGUCGAUCACCCGACCCAGUCCAAAUCCAAAAGCACGUGGUACAUAGACGAAGUGGGUGAAGACCCAGCUAAGUCCCUGACGGAAACGCCCCCCGACUUCAACCAGGCGUCACCGCCUCCCCGCACCCCGCCUACUGCCCCGUCACUGUCCAGUGACAACAAGUUUCACUCGCUGCCCUUCAGUCUGAGUCGCAAGAGCGGCCCCAAUGGGAGCAUGAGCCAUGGGCCGCUCUCGCUAUCCGUCCAGUCGGUGAUGGGUGAGCAGCAGGAGGCUCCGCCUCCACCAACAGCUCCCUCUCCGAGGCCUCCGUCGCCUCCUAAAGGUCAGCCGGGGUUAGAGGUUGGGUCACUGGUAGAGGUGAAGGAGAAUCCGCCCCUUUGCGGGGUGAUACGCUGGGUGGGCCUGCCACCUGGACUACUGGAGCCUCUCGCAGGACUGGAACUGGAAGAGGAGUGUGUAGGAUGCACUGACGGUACUUUUAAAGGCACACGUUACUUUACUUGUCCUCCAAAGAAAGCUUUGUUUGUGAAACUGAAAUGCUGCCGUCCAGAUUCACGCUUCCCUUCCCAGCACCACUCACCCAAUCCAAUCGAACGCUGUAACUCUAUAGCCUUUGGUGGUUACCUGAGUGAGGUAGUCAAUGAGAACACUCCUCCCCGUUCAGAGAGUGAUGGCCUAGAUGUGAUGGUCGGCAAGAAGAAAGGCAUUCAAGGUCACUACAACUCCUGCUACUUGGAUUCAACGCUCUUCUGUCUAUUUUCGUUUAGCUCAGUGUUGGACACGGUGUUACUGAGGCCGAAGUCUAAGACUGAUGUAGAAUACUACCUGGAGACACAGGAGCUGUUACGCACUGAGAUAGUCAACCCACUGCGGAUUCAUGGUUAUGUCUGUGCGACUAAGAUCAUGAAGUUGAGGAGAAUUCUAGAAAAGGUGGAGGCUGCUUCGGGAUUCACGUCUGAGGAGAAAGAUCCGGAAGAGUUUCUCAACAUCCUGUUUCACCACAUCCUGAGGGUCGACCCUCUGCUUAAGCUUCGCUCUGCUGGCCAAAAAGUUCAGGACUGUUACUUCUACCAGAUCUUCAUGGAUAAGAAAGAUAAAGUGCUUGUGCCGACUAGCCAACAACUGCUAGAGUGGUCCUUCAUCAACAGUGACCUCAAGUUUGCUGAGGCUCCCUCGUGUCUCAUCAUCCAGAUGCCUCGCUUUGGGAAGGACUUUAAGAUGUAUAAUAAGAUUUUCCCGUCUCUGGAGCUGGACAUCACGGAUCUUCUGGAAGACACACCCAGAGAGUGCCGUAUCUGUGGUGGUUUAGCUCUGUAUGAGUGCAGGGAGUGUUACGAAGAUUCUGACAUCACAGCAGGAAAGAUUAAGCAGUUCUGUGAAAAGUGCAAUACACAGGUGCAUCUACACCCACGGCGUAAGAGUCAUCGUUACAGCAAACUCUCGUUACCUAAAGAGCUUCAGGAGGGCACGUGGAGACAGGCUUCUUUCCCCCGUCAGCAGAUGGAGCUGUUCGCCGUGCUCUGCAUCGAAACCAGCCACUAUGUGGCUUUCGUUAAGUACGGCUCAGCCCCGUCCUCCUGGCUCUUCUUCGACAGCAUGGCCGACAGAGACGGUGGUCAGAACGGUUUUAACAUCCCGCAGGUGUCCCCGUGUCCUGAGGUGGGCGCGUACCUGAAAAUGACCCCCGAAGAGCUCCACGCGCUCGACCCUAAAAACAUCCAGGGUUACGCGCGCCGCCUGCUCUGCGAUGCUUACAUGUGCAUGUACCAGAGCCCUACAAUGAGCCUGUAUAAAUAAAAAAAUAUAUAUAAAUAAAAAAGAAACGAGAGUGAAGAAAAGAUGAAUAGGCACAAACGGAAGGAUUGAAGGUGAGAAGAGGUGAUGAUAAAAGAGAAAGAGAGAACAAAAGAGAUGCAGAGUUUCAAACUGACUCAGAGAUGGAGAAAGACUCCAUCGCACAGAACCAACACUUCCUAACUGUUACCGUUAUGCCUGAUUCUCUGUGUAUAUAGUCCAGUAUGAGGACAGGGAAGCUGAUUUGCACUGUUCAUGGUGUGUGUGUGUGUGUGUGUGUGUGUGUGUGUGUGUGUGUGUGUGUGUGUGUGUGUUAGAGUAUAUUGUAAUUUUUGGGCCGUAACCCAAAAACGGUGUCGUCUCGUUUUUUGUCGCUCCAGUACAGCAGAAAGGAACUGCUGUAACAAAUACUGAUCUGAAACCUCCUCACAUGCUCCGUACUUAUCCUUCAGAACCCCACCUGUAAAACACAUCCAGCACACGGUCGACUCGAGCGACCCGCGACGUCUCUCCGGCUUCCGUUUUCAGCCUCAGCCGUACUUUCCUGUAGCGUUUGUGUCCCUCGUGUCGACCUACGGCGUAAGGAAGCAUAAAGGAAAAGCUUUUACAUACUUACUGAAGUCUCUCGCUGUUCCUAAAGCGCACACAUGGUGUUUUUUUUUGUUUUUUUUUGUUUUUUUUAACAGGAUUCACAGUAAACCUUUGCAAGUUGUGUAUUAAUCGAAAGCAGGAGUUUCGGCUUUACCUGCUAGUAUAGCUAUCGAUAAAGCUAUGCUGUAUGAUACGCUAUGAAUCUGCCUGCUGUAAUAACAACUAACAGGUCAUCAGUAUACCUUGUGUGUGUGUGUGUGUGUGUGUGAGAGAGAGAUUCUUUACCAGGAAGUCGAUCGUUUUCGAAUAACAGCAGCGUUUUAUUAAUCACGCCGUUUACAAUUUUUUCAUCGUUAAACUUUGGAACUCUAUAACCGAGCAUUUAAUGUCGUGAAACGUUCACAAAGCAAAUUAGUUCCUUUUAUCACUCGCAUUAUAGCAGCAGAAGUCUCACUUUUUUUCUUUUUCUCCCUCAGCUAUUUCUUGAACUUAAUAAGGCGAAACAUACAAAGUCCCGUUUGCCUCAAAAACGGGACAUCUGAGCAAGAGAACAUGAAAAUUUCACAGAUUUUUCUAAUUCGAUUUAAAUAUAAUGUCUAGCAGAAGCAUUUGAAUUUUUUUCCAUGCUUAUUUCUAAAAUGAAGCAAAAGUGUUUUAUUUUAAUCAUUAAACAAGAAGGAAUAUUAGUUUGAUUUUUUUGACUCCUUUCACUAUCAGCUCCAGAGACACUGGAGACUCCUUCCAAAAAAAAAAAAAAAAAAUCAACAAAGAAAACAAUGAUUCGUUUUCUUUUAUUUGUUUAUUUUUUCUAUCCGUCCGCCUACGGUCAGAACUGGUUAGCUACAGGAGCUGCUGUUAUAGAAAAUGAAUCGACUAACUUCCUUCUAAACCAAUCAGAUUGGAGAUUUCAACAGCGCUGUGGUCUGUGUGUGUUUCUCCUGUUUAUUUCCUGUUUGUACAAAAGAUCUGCAGUUUUGAGGUGUAACAUCGGUGCAUCUGCCAUGUGGUUACAGUUCGUAUGUUCCGUCAGAACGCCGCUUCGCUCCCGCUCCUGCUGGCGGUUGUUUUCUACUGAGCAAAGCCUCAUCAGCAUUGUAGCAGGUGUAGAUUCUACACCACUUACCCAUCUUCUCAUGGAAACAUCUUAACAAAUUAUUCUCAUCGUUAUUAUUUUUAUCUCGGUUAUCCUAGGGUUUGAUAACGAGUGCGCGCGCGUGUGUGUAUGUUAAAAAGUGUUAAAAGGCUCUUGUGGAUUUUUCUAUCGAAACCGUAAGGAAAAGUCGUGCUCUGUUUAAGCGCUCGUCCGAGUUGGAGACGAAGACGGACGAAGAACGCAUCAUCUCAUCAGGUUUUUUUAUUUUAUUAUUAUUAAAUCUGUUUUUAUUUAUUUUAUUUUUUCUGUCGGAAUUCAGCUGCUUUGAAUUAACGCGUGUGGAUUUUAACAACGCCUCGUCAAAAGACGUCGAUGCUUUGCUGGUUGCACUGAUGAUGGUGGUGAAGUGUAAAGGCUUGUGCUGGUGCUUCAGUGUUGUACAGCUGGAAUAUUCCGUGUCUGGUGUUCCUGUUGUACUCCAACCCUGGUUUCGUUUAUUUGUGCUCCUCUUAUGGAUGUUAACUAAAUUAAAAUCCCAUUUUCCAAACAAUAGUUUGUAAAGAAA